AUGGUGGGAUUCAAGAACAGGUACAUGUUGAUGGAAGUUUAUCUCGACCCCGACAAGGAUCUUCUCGGGGAAGGAACUCCUGUUAUCCUCACGAAACUCAACCUCUCCGAAGCAAUCAAAGACAGCAUCCUCGUCAAUUUCGGAGAGUGCGGUCUCGCCUCUUGUCUCGGAUCCUUACACGUCGCGUAUGUGAACCCUGUCACGAAGCUAUGCAUUGUAAGAUCAUCGAGGGAGGAACACAGACAAGUUUGGUCGGCGAUGACGUUGGUCAGAAGCAUAGGGAACUGUCCCGUGGUGUUUAACUUGCUAGAUAACAGCGGUUGUGUCAGAGCGUGCAGAGACGCGGCGUUGAAGUGUGAGACGGAGAAGUUUAGUCAGUGUGGGAAAGGAUUGUCUGAAGAGGAGGCUCGAGAGAUGAAUAGGUGUUUAGACAAGCUCAAGCUGUUAAAUUAUAUAAUUGGAGGAGCCAUUAUCGUCUCUGAGGUUAAGCUCUUCUGUGGAGGAGAAGAAUCUAAUCGGAAAAUGAGAACCUCUAGAACCCUUGAGGUCUGGAAGCUAGGAACUGUCAACUAUUUGAAGUCCCUUAAACUUCAAGACAAGUUAGUUUCGGACAGAAAAGCUAAUCGAAUCCCUGAUACCCUCCUCUCGCUUCAGCAUCCACCAACUUACACGCUCGGAAAACGUAGAACCGAUCACAACCUUCUGAUCCCCCAAGCUGAACUCAAGAGCAUUGGAGCUGAGCUUCAUUAUACUCAAAGAGGAGGAGAUAUCACUUUCCAUGGCCCUCACCAAGCCAUCUUAUACCCAAUCCUUUCCUUACGCAGCAUAGGUUUCGGUGCUAGGAGCUAUGUAGAGGCAUUAGAGAGGUCAAUGAUCGAAUUUUCUUCUCUUUAUGGGGUGAAAGCUCGUGCAGGAAACAAAUGUGAGACUGGGGUUUGGGUUGGAGAUAGAAAGAUUGGUGCUAUUGGAGUUCGUAUAUCCUCUGGGAUCACUUGUCAUGGUCUGGCCUUCAACAUAGAUCCUGAUAUGAAGUACUUUGAGCACAUUGUUCCUUGUGGGAUUGCUGAUAAAGAAGUGACAUCUCUGAGAAGUGAAACGGAUGCGCAGCUUCCGUCUGAAGAAGUGAUUCAUGAGCAGUUGGUUACCUCUUUGGCCAAAGUGUUUUCAUAUGAUGAUGUUGUGUGGAAGGAAGAUCCUUCAGCCAUUUUAGACACCCUGGAGGACAACAACUAAUAGCACCAUUCAUCUAAGUUAUCUUUUAAUGCAUUGAAAUUGAGAUUUGUAACACUUUCUAUAUCAUUUGAUCAUUUAUAAACAUUUCUUUCUAUCAUAAUCAUUCA